AAAUGACGUAAUAAAAUGCUAUCGUGACAUGAAUGGCAGGCAAUCGUAGUAAUCUAUUAAUCUUCAUAAGAUGAAGCUCACAAGCUCUGAGCCUCUCGCACUUCCCACUCCGCAAAAUUUGAAGAAACGGAGGAACCAGAACUUCCUCUUCCUCUCUCCCACUCUCUCUUAUAUGUCGUUGGAAGGUGGCACUGAUUACCACGGCCGUCCCCACGGCACCGCCACUCCUAAUACGUCCCUUAAGAGAGAGCAACCAAUCAAUUACCGAGACCCAACUACCUUGUCUGUUUCAAGUUCCUCGAUUGUACAAUCACAAAAGCAGAGUCAGAGUCAGAGUCAAGUUUCCUCUGUUUCUAAACCAUUUCUUGAUCAAUUACCUUUCAUUCCCAAUGAGCUCAUCGAAGAAAUCCUCUCGAGGCUUCCCGUGACGUCUCUUUUGCAACUCAGGUGCGUAUGUAAGUCAUGGAAAUCCUUAAUUUCUGAUCCUUAUUUCAUCAGAAAACACCUUUUGAGUUCAACUCAGGAUACCAGUCUCAACCACCAAAGGAUCAUGUUAAGUUCCACAACUGCAGAGUUCAACCUCAAAUCUUGCGCUGUGUGCUCAUUGAUCGAUGAACCUUCAAUCAUUUCUGAAGAACUCAAUUACCCAGUGAAGAACAAGUUUCGCCAUGAUGGGAUCGUAGGCUCUUGUAAUGGGUUGCUCUGUUUUGCCAUAAAAGCAGAGCGUGUUCUUCUUUGGAACCCAUCAAUCAGAGUGUCCAAAAAGUCUCCAUCUUUGGAUAAUAAUUGGAGACCCGGGUGUUAUACUGCAUUUGGUCUCGGAUAUGAUCACAUAUCUGACGAUUAUAAAGUGGUGGCUGUGUUUUGUGACCCUGGAGAACAACAUCAUAUCAGUAAAACAAGCGCGAAGGUUUACAGUCUAGCCACCAAUUCUUGGAGAAAGAUUCAAGAUUUCCCUAAUGGGUUCACACCCUAUCAUGAUUUCGGGAAAUUUGUGAGCGGAACUCUUAAUUGGCCAGCCCGUUGCUCCUUUGGUUCUCGGUCUGUAAAUUCAACUCCAGACCCUCUGUGGGUUAUUGUGUCUUUUGAUCUGCAGAAGGAAACAUACAGGCAAGUUCUGCCACCUGCAUAUGAAAAAGAAGUCAGUUCCAGGCCUAGCUUGGGUGUUUUAGGAGGCUGCCUAUCUAUGAGCUAUGAUUACAAGAAGACCCAUUUUGUUGUGUGGAUAAUGAAGGACCAUGGAGUAAGAGAGUCUUGGGUGAGAUUGGUGACCAUCCCUUAUUUGCCUAACCCCGAAGACUUUUCCUACUCACAGCCAUUUUGCGUUUCCGAGAAUGGUCAAAUUCUGUUAAUGUUUGAGUUUGACUUGGUCCUCUAUGACACAAGAGACAAGUCUUUUAAGUAUCCCAGGAUUGAGAAUGGGAAGGGUUGGUUUGAUGCUGAGGUAUACAUUGAGAGUCUUGUAUCUCCAUUAAAUAGUCAUGCUAAUGGCUUCAAUGUUCAAGUCCUGCCUUUUUCUGACUUACAUGUGACAGAGAAGGCUGUCUCUGAUAAAUUACUGAGUUAGGCCUAUCUUGCUCAUA